GUCAUGCAGGAGAACUAUGAGACGGUGACCUCGCUGGGAUUUCCCAUUCCGAAGCCUGAGCUGAUCACCCGGCUGGAACGAGGGGAAGAGCCGUGGGUGCCCGAUCUCCAGACCUGCGAGGAAAGAAGGCUUGUGAAAUGCGCCCGCACAGCACAAUGAUCCCUGUCUGGAUUGUCUCUCUCCCAGCAGGGGCUGAGCGAGGGGGUGAAACCAAGGAGGGGAAUCAUCAUGAGGAAGUGUCCAGGGAAAUGGAACCACAGGGGACGUCUCUGGAAAGAACUGAAGGGAAUUUUUCCCAAAGCUGGGAGCAGGGAGAAGCCUGGGAAAUUUGGCACAGGUCAGAGAGGCUUGUGGGAAAUCACCCAAGGAAGAAAGUGGAUGACUCUAUUAAUGAUGGGGGAGGAGACAAGGAUCCCAGAGCGCAGCAGACAAAUCGCAAGGAGGAGACACCGUGGCACUACCUCCAAUUUGGGAAAGGAUUAAUUCUAAAAUCACAACUUGUGACACCUCAGACAUUCCAUACUGGAGAGAAACCCCUUCAAUGCUUGGACCGUGGCGAAAGCUUCACUAGCCACUCAGAUCUUAAUAACCAUGGGAGAAGCCACACUGAAGAGAAGCCCAUUCAAUGCCUUGAGUGUGGGAAAUGUUUCAGUUCUAAGUCAGCACUAAUUUCACAUCAAGAAAGCCACACAGAAGAGAGACCCCAUAAGUGCUUAGACUGUGGGAAAAGUUUCAUACAAAGGUCAAACCUUGUUAAGCAUCAGGCAAUCCACAGAGGAGAGAGACCCCACAAGUGCUUGGACUGUGGGAAAAGUUUCAAGCGGAGGUCACACCUUCUUAAACAUCAGGCAGUCCACACAGGAGAGAGACCCCAUAAGUGCUUGAAUUGUGGGAAAAGUUUCAAGCAGAGGUCACACCUUCUUAGACAUCAGGCAAUCCAUACAGGAGAGGGACCACACAAGUGCUUGGACUGUGGGAAAAGUUUUAUAUACAGGUCUAACCUUUUUAGUCAUCAGGUAAUUCAUACAGAAGAGAGCCCUCAUAAGUGCUUGAACUGUGGGAAAAGUUUCAAGCGAAGAUCAGACCUUGUUAAUCAUCAGGCAAUCCACACAACAGAGAGACCCCAUAAGUGCUUGGACUGUGGGAAAAGUUUCAAGCGGAGAUCAGACCUUGUUAAUCAUCAGGUAAUCCACAGAGGAGAGAGACCCCAUAAGUGCUUGGACUGUGGGAAAAGUUUCAUACGGAGGUCAAAGCUUGUUAAUCAUCAGGCAGUCCACACAGGAGAGAAACCCCAUAACUGCUUCGACUGUGGGAAAAAAUGUAUAACGAAGUCAGCGCUUCUUAAACAUCUGGCAGUCCACACAGGACAGAGACCCCAUAAGUGCUUGGACUGUGGGAAAAGUUUCAAGCGGAGAUCAGACCUUGUUAAUCAUCAGGGGAUCCACACAGGAGAGAGACCCCACAAGUGCUUGGAUUGUGGGAAAAGUUUCAUACGGAGGUCAAAGCUUGUUAAUCAUCAGGGAAUCCAUACAGGAAAGAGAUCCCUAAAUAGCAUUGGCUGUGGAAAAAUUAUCAUUCCACAGGUCAAGCCUUGUUAAUCUCAGGCAAAUCAUAAAGGGAGAAGAAAACCCCAUAAGUGUUUGGACUGUGGGAAAAGGUUUCUUACAGAGGUCAUACCUUGUUUAAACAUCAGGUAGCUCCACUCAGUUGACGAGAACCCCAUAAGUGCUUGUUACUGUGGGAAAAGUUUCAUACCAGCGAGUCAGACCUUGUU